UUAUAAUUCAAAAUUUUCAUUACAAGCAUCGUAUAAUCAGUCCAACAAAUCAAAACCAUUUUUAUUCUUAAAAAAAACACAACCUACGCCAACAACAUCAUCAUCAUCAUCAUCAAAACCAUGUUUGCCAAGAAGUUGUUGCACAAAGCUGUCCACCACCAUUUCAACCAGAAGUUUCAGCAGCAUGGCGGUAGUCUGCAAUCAACUGAAUUGGAUCCGAGAAUUGUGAUUCACUAUGGCAUUCCGUCUUCUGCUUCACUUCUUGCUUUUGAUUCCAUUCAACGACUCUUGGCUAUUGGGACUUUGGAUGGAAGACUUAAGGUGAUUGGCGGUGAUAAUAUUGAAGGACUUUUGAUUUCUUCUAAGCAAUUGCCUUAUAAAUACUUGGAGUUCCUACAAAAUCAGGGGCAUUUAGUUGGGGUCUUAAAUGAUAAUGAUAUCCAGGUUUGGAAUCUCGAGACUCGGAGUCUUAUUUGUUCAUUACAAUGGGAAUCAAAUAUUACCGCUUUCUCUGUAAUCAGCGGCUCACAUUUCAUUUAUGUCGGAGAUGAGCACGGCUUGUUUUCUGUGAUAAAGUUUGACGCCGAGGAAGGACAACUUUUGAAGUCAUCUAAUCAUUUAUCGGCUAAGUUUCUAAGGGAAGCUGCCGGGUUUCCAGAGUCCAGCGAUCAACCAAUUGUCGGAAUUCUAUCGCAGCCUUAUUCUUCUGGGAACAGAUUGUUGAUUGCAUUUCAAGAUGGACUGCUAAUUCUUUGGGAUGUUUCCGAAGCUAAAAUUGUGUUCCUUGGUGGCGGAAAGGAUCUAGAAUUGAAAGAUGACGGCGGUAACACUUCUGAAAUGGACACCAAUCUUCCAGCUGAUAUUUUAGAGCAAAAUCUCGGAGACAAAGAGAUAAGUGCUCUUUGCUGGGCAUCUUCUGAUGGCUCCAUUCUCGCUGUUGGAUACUUAGACGGAGAUAUCCUGUUCUGGAACUUGUCAUCUGCAGCACCUUCAAAAGGUCAACAAACCACUUCCUCUAAAAACGUUGUUAGGCUACAACUUUCAAACGCAGAAAGAAGAAUCCCGGUCAUUGUCUUACAAUGGUCCAAUAAUCACAAAUCUCACAACGAUUGUACUGGUCAGUUGUUUGUCUAUGGCGGUGACGAAAUUGGUUCGGAAGAAGUUUUGACUGUUUUAACUCUCGAAUGGUCAUCUGGGAUGGAGUCAUUAAGAUGCAUCGGUCGUGCAGACCUUACACUUAACGGCACUUUCGCAGACUUGAUUUUACUGCCAAGUCUAGGAGAAAGGGAUUUGAAUAGCAAAGACGAUCUUUUUGUGCUAACAAACCCUGGACAGAUACACUAUUACGAUAAUGAUAGCUUGUCUGCAUUAUUGUCUCAGCAGAAUAGGACAUCAUCUGUAUCUGCACAGGAGUUUCCGGUGCUAAUACCUAUGGCCGAUCCAUCUUUGACCGUUGCAAAACUCAUCAAGUUGCCGAGUCAGUUAAACUCAUCGAAAACUCUAGCUGAGGUAGCCUCAAUUCUGAAAACUAGCACAAAACCUGGCUCAGCUAGUUUUGCAAAUUGGCCCUUAACCGGGGGUGUUCCCAGCCACUUGUCCACUGUUAAAGGUGCCGGAGUUGACAGAGUUUACUUCGUGGGCUAUUCUGAUGGAUCUGUCCUUCUGUGUGAUGCCACACAUCCAAUCUUGUCGUAUAUUUGCUACAUAGAAGGAGAGGUUAAUGGUGUAAAAGUGGCGGGGUCGACUACUCCAGUGACAAAAUUGGACUUUUGUUCUGUUUCCCUACUUCUGGCUGUGGGCAAUGAAUGCGGUCUUGUUCGUGUUUACGACCUUAAAAAUUGCUCCGAUGGAAAAAAAAUCCAUUUCGUCACAGAAACUAAAAUUGAAGUCCAUGACGCUACACCAGGAAAAGGACCUCAUUGCAGUGCUAUUUUUUCUCUUCUCAAUUCUCCGGUACAAGCGUUAUCUUUCGCAAAUUCUGGAACCAAACUUGCUAUUGGAUUCUUAAGUGGUCGUGUUGCAGUUUGCGAUAUGAAAUCGUUGUCGGUUUUGUUCUUGAUUGAUGGUGUACCUGGCUCAAGCUCACCGAUUACUUCAAUAGUUUGGAAACAACAAACAUGUUUUCAAAGUGCCGUAAAUAGUCCCAAGAAACUAGAAACGCCUUCAGGAGAAUCUCAGGAAGAGAUACUAUUUAUCUUGUCUAGGGAUGGUAAAAUUAAUGUAGUUGAGGGUGAUACUGGUAAAACGAUCUCGAGCCGGCCGUUCCAUGUGAAGGAGUCAACUGCAAUUUCAAUGUAUGUUAUAGAUGAUAUCAUCUCAACCUCAGAAGUGUCAAAUGACAAGCAGCACGAGGAAUCCUUGAAGAGUACUGCUGGCGCUCGCCCUGAAGAGCCGGUGCAAGAAAGUAGCUCAACCGUGGUAAAUUCAUCGGAGGCUGAAGUUUCCUCUUCAGAAAUCACACCACCUGGGGAAGUCCUUUUGGAUCCACUUGUCCUGCUUUGCUGUGAAAAUUCAUUGCAUUUGUUGUCCGCAAAAGCAUUGGGAAACAAAAAACCGAUUCGAAAAGUGGAACAUUCAAAAUCUUUCUAUUGGACUACAAUUUUGAAGAAAGAUGACAAAGUUUGUGGGAUUCUAUCAUUGCUUCAGACCGGAACAUUUGAAAUAAGAUCCUUACCAGAUUUGGAACUGGUGUCGGAAAGCUCUUUAUUAUCGAUUUUAAGGUGGAAUUAUAAAGUUAACAUGGAUAAAACCAUGUGUUCUGAUGAAAACGGACAGAUUGUACUGGCUAAUGGUUCUGAAUUGGCAUUCAUCUCAUUACUAGCCAGCGAAAAUGAAUUCAGGAGUCUCGAGCGUUUGCCUUGUCUUCACGAUAAAGUUCUUGCAGCCGCUGCUGAUGCCGCAUUUACGUUCUCUUCAAAUGAGAAGAAAAAACAGACAACAAAACCGGGGAUUCUAGGCGGAAUUGUCAAAGGAUUGAAAGGUGGAAAAACCACUCAACCAGUUUUGCAUAAAAUUCAAACCUCCAAUUUCAGUCAUUUGGAAGACAUCUUUUUCAAGCAUUCCUUUCCAGAUUCACGUCCAACGGUGGUAGUCGCCGAUGAAAAAGAAGUGGAGCUCGAUAUAGAUGACAUUCAAAUAGACGAGCCUAAAAUCGUAGCGUCUACUUCAUCUCCUGAUGUUAAAAACAAACAGAAAGAUAAGUUACAAAAUGAUAGGGAGAAACUCUUUCACGGUGGGAGUAACGAUGACGUAAAGCCAAAAAUCAGAACGGCCGAAGAAAUUAUGGCUGCUUAUAGAAAAACAGGGGAUGCUGCUUCGACUGCUGCACAAGCAAGAAACAAGCUUAUGGAGAGACAGGAGAAAUUGGAGAGGAUAAGCCAACGCACCGCGGAACUGCAAAAUGGAGCUGAGAAUUUUGCAUCAUUAGCAAAUGAGCUUGUCAAGACCAUGGAAAGGAGGAAAUGGUGGCAAAUAUAGAGACACAAACACAAAAUAGUGAAAAAAAUAUACUCAUGAAUUGUUGUAUUUAUUGUCUUGUAUAUUAUAAGAUUUUUUUACCCUUUUUGUAGAUUAUAUUUUCUUUUGGCAUACAAGUGUUUGAAUUAACACUUAAACUAUACACCAUUGGAGUGGUAAUGUUGAGUUCUCAUGCAUUUGACUUGAAA